UUUAAACAAAAAACAUCACAUGACUAACCAAAAUGACGGAUUAUUUAAAUAUAUCGUCUUUGCCAAGUCCGACGGAGAGGUACAGCCUUGAUAGAAAGCUCGGCUCCGGCAUCUUCGGCGAAGUCUUCAAAGCUUCGGACGGCGAGGCCGCUCGAAAGGCGGUCGCCAUCAAAAUACAAACAUACAACGAUGACACAGAGGUCCACAUCCAUGAAGAAUACAAAUGCCUCAGAGACCUUACCCAACAUCCUAAUCUCAUAGAUUUCUAUGGAGUAUUUUGUGAGAGGUCGGAAGGCGUUAAGAAGAUUUGGUUCGUUCUCGAGUUGUGUGAAUGCGGAUCUGUCAUCGAUAUUGUCAGAAAACUGAACGCGGCCGACAGAAAAAUGUCCGAGGAACACAUCGCUUACAUCCUCAAAUAUACGAUCAAGGCUCUGGUUUAUUUGCACGACAACAAAGUGAUGCAUCGUAAUCUGAGGUGCAGCAACAUAUUAAUAACAAAGGAUGGGGAAGUAAAGCUAUCUGAUUUUGGGUUGUCUAAGAUGUUGAAUAGUUCUCUGGACAAAGCUAGGACGAAUAUCGGAUCGCCUGGAUGGAUGGCACCAGAAGUGAUAGCUGGUGAUGGAUACGGAAACAGAGCCGAUGUGUGGGCAUUGGGAAUAACGACGAUUGAAAUGGCAGAUUCUAAAGCACCUUUUCAGGAUAUGCAUCCGACAAGGGCAUUGUUUCAAAUCGUAAGAAAUCCCCCACCUAGUGUCAAUAGGCCAGCUAUGUGGUCUAAUGAAAUUAACGACUUUAUAACAGAAUGCCUUGAGAAGAACCCUGAGCAUCGGCCAUACGCUAUGGAGUUAGAAGAACAUCCAUUUAUACAAUCUGUUCCAGAAAACGAUUUUCAUUUAACUACCGAGCUGAAAAUGUUAGCCUUCGAGUUUAAAGAUAAAGAACUUCCACGUAAACCACCAGAAAGGAUAAUCAAAAAUGGUCUUCUGACAACUGAAGGUGUAAGCGAAUCAGAGACUAUGCAAGUAGAAGACCUGGCUGCUCUAGAAGUACUCACAGAAGACAGUAUUCUAGCAGAACUGCAGACUAAACUAGCAAAAGGUUAUUUUACUUCAUUUAUUGGCGAUGUCCUUCUUAUACUCAAUCCAAAUACGCACGAAGAUAUUUACAACGAAGAAUAUCACAAAAAGUACGAAUGCAAAUCAAGAUCUGACAACGAACCUCAUAUAUUCGCUGUAGCUGACGGAGCUUAUCAAGAUGCUCUUCAUCACAAUGAACCUCAACAUAUUGUGUUUUCUGGAGAAAGUAAAUCUGGCAAAACAACCAAUAUGAAUCAUGCUUUACGGCACCUAACUCAUUUAGGAGCUAUGAAGAACAACGUUGCGGAGAGGAUUGAAAGAGCUAAGAAUGUUAUUCAAGCAGCUAUAAGUGCUGGUACCCCUAUAAACGCACACUCUACAAGAGGAAUUUUUCAGAUUCAAGUAACUUAUGGAAGUUCUGGAAAGUUAAGCGGAGCAAUAUUUUGGUUGUAUCAACUGGAAAAAUGGAGAGUCUCAUCAACGGAUAUGUCCCACGCAAAUUUCGAUCUACUUUAUUAUUUUUAUGAUGCCAUGGAAGCCGGAAACAGGCUAGAUGAACUAUCACUUGAGAAAAACAGAAAGCACCGGUAUUUAAGGAUACAAGAAGAACCAAGAAAUAUAAAAAAAUCUGUAAGAGAAACUCCAGCAGAAAAUGUUUCUAAAUAUAAGGAUUUCAUAGAAAAUCUCAAAGCUUUAGAUUGGGAACAAGAGGAUAUUAUCAUGUUUGAAACUAUUCUAGCUGCUAUUCUCACUCUUGGUAACGUCAGAUUUAAAGAUGGAAAAAAUGGAACAGCAGAGAUUGAGAAUCCUGACGAAGCUAAAAAAGUUGCCAAAUUAUUGUCUCUUGAGGAGGUAAAGUUUUUGUGGGCGCUUCUCAACUACUGUUUAAUCGAAAGAGGGACAGCAGUAAAAAGAAAACAUUCCACGGAUGAAGCUAGAGAUGCACGCGAUAUACUAGCGAGUGCAUUAUACAAACGAUUGAUCGAUUGGAUGAUUAAUUUAAUAAAUUCCAAAUUAUCUUUUAUGAGAUCAGUAUUUGGAGAUAAAUACUCAGUGAGUUUGUUGGACAUGUUUGGAUUUGAAUGCUUUCAUAGAAAUCGCUUAGAACAACUGAUAGUGAACACGACAAAUGAGCAAAUACAAUUUCUGUACAAUCAGCGAGUUUUUGCUUGGGAAAUGCAAGAAACUGCCGAGGAAGAGGUUGAUGUAGUCGCUUUACAUUUCUAUGACAAUAAGCAUUCGGUCGAUCAGCUAAUGGGAAGACCACUUGGCCUCUUCUAUAUUUUAGACGAAGCUAGUCGUACUGGAAGUGGACAAGAAUUUAUCAUGAGUACCAUUCGGACAUCCUGCAAAGGGCCAUACAUAAAGUUGUCCGGUAGCCAUGAAUUCAGCGUUGCACACUAUACAGGAAAAGUUAGUUAUGACGCCAGAGAAAUAGCCGAUAAAAAUAAAGACUUCCUGCCUCCAGAAAUGAUAGAAACCAUGAGAGCAUCAAUCAACACCACAGUUCAGGAAUUAUUUAGAAACAAAUUGACCAAAACAGGCAAUUUGACUGUAUGCUCAAGUCAGCCGAAAGUAACUGUGGUGAAGUCAAAGUCUGAAAAAGAUAUGGAAAAUACCAAAGCUCGUAAAUUUAACACAAUGUCCAAAGGACAGUUUUCACAAGUACAUAGAAUGAGAACAGCGGCUGCCACUUACCGAGCUACUAGUUUAGAGAUCCUGAAGCAGCUUUCUGUAGGUCCAGGGAGCGGGGGUACCCACUACGUUCGAUGCAUUCGGGCAGAUCUGAAUGACAACCCUAGAGGAUUUCAGACAGAAGUAGUUCGGCAGCAACUGAGAGCUCUUGCUAUCUUGGACACUGCAAAAGCAAGACGAAAUGGUUUCUCGUGUCGUAUACCUUUUGCUGAAUUUAUUAGAAGGUACCGGUUCCUAGCCUUCGAUUUUGAUGAAAAUGUAGAGGUUACAAAAGAUAAUUGCAGGUUAUUGCUGAUUAGGCUCAAAAUGGAGGGUUGGGAGCUUGGAAAGACUAAAGUAUUCUUGAAAUACUACAAUGAAGAAUUUUUAGCCAGGUUAUAUGAAACACAAGUAAAGAAGAUUAUAAAAGUUCAAUGCAUGAUGAGAGCUUACCUUGCUAGAAGAAAAGCUGUAAAGAGCAAGUCGAAAGCUCAGCACAUUAAAGAACUAAAGAAACAACAGUCUAUGAAUGUGACAGAGGAUGAUGCUGCAUUACUUAUACAGAAAGCGUACAGAGGUUACCAGGUCCGGAAAGCUUAUGGGCCCCUUAUAAGCAAAUCAACCGGUCAAAUUGAUGAAGAGACUUCAAUAUUUCUGAAGAGGUAUGCCAUGAAGUGGAAAAGCCGGUCAAUCUUCCAAGUACUGUUACAGUACAGAGCAGUUAGAUAUCAGGAUUUGGUGCAUUUUUCACAGCAGGUGCAUAUCUACAACCAGUCGUUGCUAGAAUCACUAUUAAACAGCAGUGCCUCUGUGCUUUUGGACAGAGUGGACCCUAACGCCAAAGAAAAGGAUUUCCUUGGCUCUGGCCCGCCCACCGUCUGGAAACUUCCAUUCAGGAUCGACCAGCUUCAGUACUACGAUACUUCUUAUAUGUGUGACCCGGCGGUUAAAAGCAGUGACACAUUUGCCAGUCAAUACGACUCCGACCACGAGCAAUGGGAUGAGCCGUUGCAACGGAGAUUCAGUUCAGCAUCAGCACAAACUUCGCCCAGCCUGGCCACCACGGGCACUCAGACGCUCAUAAACGUGCCGUUCUGCAGAGAUCCCACGCAGCCCGUGCCCAAAUUACCACCAGAAGAACCCCCUAAAGUAGACAGGAACCCCUCCAGAAAAGACGCUAAUCGACCCGCAGUCUACAAGAAGAAACCCAACCAUUCCACCAACACAUCUUAUUACCAGCCUCCAGCGCCUUGGGCGGGCGCCCGUGACGAUGCCAGCGAUUUAGAAAACACCAACCAAAGCUUACGAAAAACAAGCUACAGCCGAAGUCUAUACGGCGUCAAUUCUCAAAACAUGAACGACCCCAUAAGGGAACUGCAGGCGAUGGCAAAAUCAACAAGCGAUUUAAACGACGACGACCCGCCGUUCAACUUCCAGGCCAUGUUGAAGAAGACGCCGCGGAACAGGGCAUCGAUGAAACGAUUAGGUGAAACAGACAACGGAAUGUGGGAGGACAAACCAGAGCCUCGCAAGACUCCUACACCUAAACCUUCGACAAAAGGUCCGGCGCCGCCAAGGCCUAUGAGUAAAGAAUUCGUGCGACAAGACUCCAGAGAACUUGUCAUGUCGGCCGCAACAAGGAGCAGUGUUACACCUGACUUAGAUAAUCGAUCUGUAGAUAACAGAGAUGUACGAUCACCUGGUGAUAACAGAGACGUGCGAUCACCGGUAAAUAACAGAGAUGUGCGAUCACCAGUAGAAAACAGAGAUGUGCGAUCACCAGUAGAAAACAGAGAUGUGCGAUCACCAGUAGAAAACAGAGAUGUGCGAUCACCAGUACAAAACAGAGAUGUGCAAUCACCAGUAGAAAACAGAGAUAGCCGGCCACGUCAAAAAGUAGUCUUAGCACCAGGAUUCAGCGUUGAAGGAAUGGUAACAGACUUGUAAAAUAAACGAGAAUGGUAUUUUGUAAAAAAUAUAUUUAAUCCCCAAUGGAAGUCCGCAAACAUUCUCUUUUACUUUAGCAUUAUUAUGGCGUAACACUAUUAAUAUUUUUGACAUUUUAGUUUUAAAGCCACACGUUUUAUGUGAAUCAUAAGAUUUCAAUGUUAAGACUACUUAGUAGAAUAUAAUUUGAGUCUCAAUAGAGAUAAGUAUACUGAAUACAAUAUUAAAGCAGAUCAUGGCAUGUACUGACUCGCUUUCAAACAUACAUCUAUGGAUCCAUCACGUCAUAUAAAAAUAAUAAUAUCAAUUUUCACUUAGCUCAUAACUAUAGCUAUAAUCUAACUUAUCGAAAUUGCUUUGGUAACUUAUUAUAAUAAUUUUCUUAUAAUGUAUAUUGAGUGGUCGA